UUUUUCUUAAAACUCAUCAUGUCAAAAGACGUUCGAGAAUUAGUUCAAACGCUUGAAACCACAAAGAUUGAUGAGGAAGCUUCAACACAUGAAACAAACGAUUCGGUACAAACUGAUGUCGCUCAAAGCGCCAAGAAAGAUAAUACGACCAAUCAAUUUCAAGCGGAUAUGCCAACAUUUGACUUUCAUCGAUUCCUAGAGCAAUUGAAACAACCUAGUGCAGCACUGAUUGCUCGUUACAUAAAGGGUUUUAUUGCUGCUUUUCAUCGAAGAGAAGUUUGGACAGUCAAUGAACAAAUCAAAUUUAUUCAGGAUUUCUUAAAUUUUACAUACAUAAAAAUGAGAGAUUGUGAUGUUUGGAGAGACGUUAGUGAAAAGGAGUUUGAAAAUGCCAAGGAAGGCAUGGAGAAAUUAGUGAUGAAUCGACUGUUUAAUGUCACAUUUUCACCAAGUACAAUGGAUGAUAAGGAGAAGGACGAGAUUUUACAUCAUAAGAUCAAUAUCUUUCGAUGGAUCCGAGAAGAGCAUCUCGAUAUACCCGUAACGAAGGAUAAUGAUUCUUUUCUCGUCUUUGCUGAAUCUGAAUUGCUCAAGAUGAAUAACUAUAAGGCACCGAGGGAUAAACUAAUUUGUAUAUUAAAUUGCUGCAAGGUUAUUUUUGGAUUAAUGAAGCAUAUGGAAGGAGAUGAGGGUGCCGAUGUAUUUUUACCCAUGUUGAUCUAUGUAGUUAUUCGUGCUAAUCCUCCUCGAUUAAUAUCCAAUGUUCAAUAUAUUUCACGGUUCAGAAAUCCUGACCUCCUCCGGUCUGAAGCAGGUUAUUACUUGACCAACCUAAUGGGUGCAAUAGAGUUCAUUGAAACGAUGGAUGUGAAUUCACUCUCUGUCACACAAGAAGAGUUUGAAGCGAACAUUGAAAAAACAAUGGGAGAAUUAGAUGAGGAACAACCCAAGAUAAUAGCAGCGGAUAAAAAAAAGGUCAGUUAUGAAAAUGCCGUGCAUCCUUCGCAUGUGAAGCGAGCACAAAAGGAGCAACCGCUGCUCGAUCUGAAGACAGAUAUCGCACAAAAAUCCAUGAAUUUUGUGGAACGCUUCUUUUCCGACAGCGCCAAUAGUAGCGACAAUGAGCAAUCGAGUUCAAAACGAAACAUUAAGCAUGAGUUUGUGCCAGAGGAUCCGUCUUCAUUAGCACAAGAAUUGCCCAUUCCUGCUAAUUUAGAGGCACCGUUGCCUCCGUUACCUGCUAUAGAAAAUCAAUUGGAUAAUGAUCAGUCUCGUAAAGAGUUUGAUGAACACUUGAGUACAAUCGUGUCCAUGUUUCCUAAUAUUGAACCAGGUGUGUGUUUCAUGAUUCUGCAAGCCAGUGAAGGAAGACUACCAGAGACCAUUGAGAGCUUAUUGGACAUGUCAAAUGAACAACAAUAAAAAUAAAAAGUGUACAUAAAAGCACAUGCGUGUCCUUUAUCCCUAUGAAAAAAGUGUGGAGGGUCGGACAUUGAUUCCGAAUCAUAUUUAAAACGGCUUUUUUCUUUUUUUUAUCUUUUUCUGCUUCUUGUUCCUG